AUGAACUAUGGAAAUCAAGGUUUUUAUACCCUUCAGUUUGAUGGUGCAUGCCGUGGAAAUCCUGGACCAGCUGGUGCAGGAGCUGUACUGUUUGAUGAAAAUGGGAAUGUGCUGUUUCAUUUCCGCAAAGGGCUGGGAUAUCAGACAAACAAUGCUGCUGAGUAUCAUGCAUUAAUUUUAGGACUGCGACAUUCAAUAAUGAAAGGAUGUAAGCACAUCAAUGUCCAAGGAGACUCCCAUCUUGUUAUCAAUCAGUUUCAAGGUUCCUAUAGAAUUAACAACCCGCAUCUAAGGAGCUUAUGUGAUGAAGCUUUGGGGCUGAAGUAUAACUUUUCCACAUUUGGCAUCAAACACAUAUCUAGGGACUUUAACACUAAUGCUGAUGCUCAAGCAAACCUGGCCAUUAAUCUCCAAGAGGGUCAAGUUGAAGAAGAUUGUUUCUAUUAA